UUUGAAGGUGAAGUUGGAGAUGUUGGGAAUAUUACCCAUAUGUUACAUUCCAAACAAGUGUAAGAAAUACAGCAGCUUAAGAAGCGCAGCAAGCAGUCGAGGAAUUCUGGAAGCCAUCUGCAUUUUAGUACUCAAUUAUGUUACAGCUUUCAAAUUCGACGGCUUUUCUCUGCAUCUUCUGAAAGGUAGUUUUUAUAGACAAUUCUUUUUUAUGGAAACCAUUCCCCAUGGAAGGCGGAUUUUUUCGGGGGUGCAGGGACGAAAUUUUCCGUUGCACCAGGCUCUCAAAGAAUCGGUGCCAGCGGGCCCACGUGUGUGCUGGUAUCCAUCAAUGGUCCAUUCCAUGCGCAUUGGGUCCCCACCGUCUCCGUUGCAGUACCGAGCUGGAAAAUAUAUUUUUGUCCCCACAGAAAAUCUUUCCAUAUGGCAAAGCCGUUUAAGAUAAGUGGCU